AAUGCCGAGUCCUACUCCCAUUUUUUUCUUAAACAUCUCUUAAUUACCAGCAUGAUUAAUUCAACAUAAUAAUAAUAUGCACCAUCUCAAUUUCUUCCAUGACUUUAUUAGUUUCUUAAUUCUUUAGACUUCUACCCUUUGCUUUUCUGUAUUUUCCACCCUUGUCUUCACCUCUUCUUCAUUUAUAUAUCAUAUCAUAUCGUAUCAUAUCUUAUCAUAUCACAUGCUACAUAAUCUUUUCAUUUGACUGUCUCACUUAUUUUCUCACAUUAAUCUUAGUCUUAAGUAAUCAUUUGAGCUUAGAAUUGAAAGGAUUAUAUGGAUUAUCAUAGAAGUCAUACUUUUAUGAGAAGGGAUGAUCAUGAAAAUGAACAUGAAAAACAUAGUUUUAAAGAGGUGGAUUUUUUUCAUGGCUCUACUUGUUCAAGAGGAUUCUCAGAAGAAGAUGAUCAUACUAUUAACAAUAGUGGUGUCCAAGAUGGUUAUGGUGAAGAUGGUAACGAUGAUGGUCUUAAACUACAAAUCGAUACAGGGUUGAAGCUUCAAGUGUCUAGAACUAUCGAUUUUGUCGAAAAACCAAUCGUGGAUGAUGAAGUUGAAGUGUUGGAAAUUCAUGAUGAUAAUCAAAAUAACAAGGAUGAGUUGGUAGUUCUAAGGGAGGAGAUAGUUCGAAAGAACGUCGAGAAUCAAAGAUUGAAGACUUUACUUAAUCAAGUGACCAACAGCUACCAAGCCCUACAAAUGCAAAUAUCAACAGUUAGACAGCAUCAACUUGAUCAAAACAAAUCCAGAAAAGUCCACCCGACAACGGAGACACAAAAUGAUGAUGAGACAAUAAAUGAAAGAACAAAACAGCAAAUGGGACAAUUCUUGGGACCAAGGCAAGCUAAUCUUAACAUUGAUACAAAUGAUCAAAGAAGGUCCAAUCCUAAUUUUGGUGAUAUUAUUGAUAAUUAUAGAGAUGAUGAACAGUCAAAUAGAAGCCAUGAUCAAAGAGAAGACGGUGCAAAUAUAGGCAAGAGUUCAAUAUCAACUAACAUGCAAAGAGUUGGUAUGGCGCCUGCUGCAACCGUAGAGGCUGAGGAGGCUCAUGAAGUAACCAUGAGAAGAGCUCGUGUGUCGGUUCGAGCUCGAUCAGAAGCAAAUAUGAUAAGUGAUGGAUGCCAAUGGAGGAAGUACGGGCAGAAAAUGGCAAAAGGAAACCCAUGUCCACGAGCUUAUUAUCGUUGCACCAUGGGAAGUUCUUGUCCCGUUCGCAAACAGGUACAAAGAUGUGCUGAAGACCGCACCAUUCUCAUUACAACCUACGAGGGACAUCACAACCAUCCCUUGCCAAACGCAGCUGUAGCGAUGGCCAGCACUACAUCAUCUGCCGCCUCAAUGCUCAUAGCUGGCUCCAAGUCAUCAACCGCGAUCGACGGACUUCUAAACCCACCCAUGUUCUCACAACCCACGGCUCUCCCAGGCCUCCCAAGCCUAGCCACAAUCUCAGCAUCAGCACCAUUUCCAACUAUUACAUUGGACCUUACUAGGCCACAAGGCUCACAACCACAAGGAAACAAUAGUAACAUACCAUGUGCAAACACAAAUGGUUCGGGCUUGGCGAGCCUUAUGCAACAAUUAUUGGGACAAUCCCCUAACAACUUUAAUGGUUCAAGUGAGCUCAAUAGAGAAAAUCAUAACUUGCCUUUGAUUGACCCACUAAGUAUUGCUAAAGCAGCCCUUGCUGCGGACCCAACUCUUGCUUCAGCCUUAGCAGCAGCCAUUUCCUCAAUAAUAAUUAAGGGCAAUUUUGAGUCCCUUACUAAUAAUGUUAAUAGUAAUGUUAACAAUAAUGGAAAAGGUAAUGAGAAUGUGAUGCAAAUUGACAAGGAUAAUAACCCUGAUUUGUCUAGUUUUACUCAGAACUGAAUCAACUCAUUUGGUAAAUCAUGCAUUAGUCUUUUCAAUUAUUUUUCCUUAUCUUUGAUAGAAUAAUUCUCAAUAGUAGUGGUCUAUAUAGGCUUUUUUUUUUUGUUUUUCCAA